UGGUGUAACAGUGACGAUAGGUGAAAAUUCCUUCCAAUUCCAGAAGGUGGGAGUUAGAACAGGAGUAUUUGUGUUGAAAUGCAAUAAUGUAAUAAAAUACCGGUCUAAAAUAGCACUUCCACUAAGCGGACCUCACAGAAAACUACAAUACAAUCACCGGAGUUCGACUAACUAGUAAUGGCAAGAUUGAGUGUGAAGAAACUCUGGGUUUACUGUUUUUGCUUUUCAGCCGUGUUGUUUUUUCUCAUUGUUACGCUCCAGCAGAGAGCUUACCGGGGAAAAAAACCAGUACAUCUACAAAUCCCUGGAUACUGGGAGACUUCAAUCCUGCAGCUGCUGCUCCUCCUCCUUUCAUUCCCUGAUGAAAAACUGACCCCUUCUGCUCUUCCUUUUCUCCUGGUUCUGGUGGAAUUGGGACAGUUUGAAAAAAAGAAGCCACAUCACUCUGAUCUGCGUGGAAACAAACAAGAAGUGGACCAGCUUAAUCUCUUUAAGAAUCUGCUGAAUGGUAUUGAAAGACUGUCUGACCCAGGUCACCAGUAUCCCAUUCUUGUGUGGUGGUCUCCUCUGACUGGUGAAGGCAGCAGGUUAGGAGGCUGUGGGAAGAACACAUGUUUCUUCACCAUUGAUAAGACGUACUAUGACCACACCAUGACAGAGGGGUUCCUUUUCUAUGGUACUGACUUCAACAUAGAGAGCCUUCCUUUUCCUCGCAAACCCAGUCAUCACUGGGCCCUGUUCCACGAAGAGUCCCCUAAAAACAACUAUAAACUCUUCCAUGAGCCGUCCAUCACCCUUUUCAACCACACGGCAACCUUCAGCAGCCACUCCCACAUGCCUCUCACCACGCAGUACCUGGAAAGUGUGGAGGUGCUGAAGUCACACACCUACCUGGUUCCUUUAUCCAAGAAGAACAGCCAGAGACAAAAUCUGGCUCCGCUGGUUUAUGUGCAGUCUGACUGUGACCCGCCUUCAGACAGGGAUAGCUACGUGCGGGAGCUCAUGAAGUACAUUGAGGUGGACUCUUACGGGGAGUGUCUCCAUAACAGGGACUUGCCUCCUCCCCUGAAGUACCCGAGCGCAAUGGAUGACCGUCACUUCUACGGGAUUCUUGCCCAGUACAAGUUCAUCCUUUCUUUUGAAAAUGCAGUGUGUGACGACUACAUUACAGAAAAGUUCUGGCGGCCCCUAAAGCUUGGAGUGGUCCCUGUAUACUAUGGAUCUCCCAGUAUUGCAAAGUGGCUCCCCAGUAAUAAAAGUGCGGUCCUAGUCAACACAUUUGCCUCCCCGCAAGACCUGGCAGAGUAUAUAAAAGAUCUUGACCAAAAUGACAAAAAGUAUGAGGCCUACCUGGAAUGGAAGUGUACCGGUGAAAUCUCAAACCAGAUGCUUCUGACCACGAUGAAGGAACGCAACUGGGGAGUUCAGGAUAUUUCCCAGGAUAACUAUAUCGAUGCCUUUGAAUGUAUGGUGUGUAACAGGGUGUGGGAGAACCUCAACAGAAAGAAACAGGGGUUAGUGCCGAGAUUAUGGAAGGCCCAAGCAAAUCAUCUUAGCUGCCCAGCACCCAAGGCCUUCAGCCUGUCACAUGGCCCCACAAGAUGGUCAUCUGUGAUGGAGGUCUGGAAACCCAGCUUUGAGCAGUCCAAGAAGGAGGCUCGAGCACUGAGGCAACUGGCUGAGAGGAAUGCAAACUUUACAGUUGAGGAAUUUUGGAAACUGGUAUUUAAAGACCAAAAAUGAUUUUUUUUUAUGUUGCAAUGAAUUCCUUUACAUUUUCGUGUAGGAAUAAAAAGACUUUCAAUGUAUUUUGCAUAUAUUUGUGUAUGUGUAUAAACACAAACGGCAUUGUCAAAGACUUCUCGAUGAAAUGUUUGUCUAAUUUCUUUGAAGGUCAACUGAAGAGUAUGUCUAAUAAGUGCACUGCUAAUAACUUUAAGUACACAAAGGGCCUUGAUUUAAACAGACCCCAAUGUGUCUCAGUCGUUUAGCUAUCCAUUGCAAGCCUGACAGAUACAUAAUCUCCAUCCAUGCAUAUCGUAAUCAAAAACAAACAAUGCACCAUGUUUAUUUUGAACAUAGUUUAUUUUUAAAGUUUAAAGAUUAUUUAUAUAGCACCUUUCACACAAAGUGUCUCAAAGUGAUUUACAAUACAAUAAAAAACAACAAAAUACAGAAUUAAACACAAUUUUUACAGCAAAAUAGGUAAUAUUAAUAAAAAGUAAGCAACAACUCGGUUUAAAAACAGAACUACAGUGAACAAGUUUAAAAUAAUAAUAGAUUGGUACAUAAAAUCAGGAUUCAAAAGCUAAUCUUAAAAAAUGAGUUGCUUCUUUGAUGUUGGAUGGCAAUCUAUUUCGCAAUCUUGGUGCGCUAUAGCUAAAAGCUCUUUCACCCUUUCUCUUGGUCUUAAUCUUUGGAACAAGCAAAAGACCAGAGUCGACUGACCUUAGAGCACGGACAGGUGCAUGUGGGCACAGGAGCUCUUAGAUAGUCAGGAGCCAGACUAUGGAGCACCUUGUCAGUCAGCAGCAAGACCUUAAAAUCAAUUCUAAAAGGUAUUGGAAGCCAGUGAAGUGCAGCCAAUACUGGAGUUAUGUGCUCUCUUUUCUUUGUUCUACUUAGCACCCUGGCAGCUGCAUUUUGAACAAGUUGCAAACGGAAUAAGUUAUGAUUUGGUAGCCCAGAUAACAGAGCAUUGCACUAAUCCAGUCUAGAUGAAACAAAUGCAUGAAUUAGCUUCUCAGUAUCAGGCAGUGACAGAAAAGACCUAAUCUUGGCAAUGUUAUGUAAAUGAUAAAAGGACACUUUAGUGGUAUUGCGAAUAUGAGCCUCAAAACAUUGUGGAGUAGUGGUUAGGGCUCUGGACUCUUGACCGGAGGGUCGUGGGUUCAGUCCCAGGUGGGGGACAUUGCUGCUGUACCCUUGAGCAAGGUACUUUACCUGAAUUGCUCCAGUAAAAACCCAACUGUAUAAAUGGGUAAUUGUAUGUAAAAAUAAUGUGAUAUCUUGUAACAAUUGUAAGUCGCCCUGGAUAAGGGCGUCUGCUAAGAAGUAAAUAAUAAUAAUAAUAACAUAAAUCAGAAUCAAUUACGAAUCCCAGGUUUCUGGCCUUGGAAUUUAUAUUUGAAUUAUAUUUACCUAAAUUUGUUUUUAUAGAAUUUAAAAACUCCCAAUUUCUGCUGAGAACCUAACAGCAAGAUUUCAGUCUUACCUGAAUUUAACUGCAAAAAAUUUGGGGACAUGAAAUUAGGGUGGAGACAGCCAAUAUAUGCCCAGGUUUUACAGAAAUGUAAAGUUGUGUGUCAUCAGCAUAACAGUGGAAAUGUGCAUGGCUAAUGGUAGCAUCUAUAAGGAGAAUAGUAAGGGGCCAAGAAGGGAGCCCUGGGGGACAUUGUGAUACAGUCUGCUAUUUAAACAUAAUUCUGCUUGUCCAUGAGAUAUGACCUAAUCCAGUCUAAAACAGUUCCUGAUAGCCCUAUCCAAUUUUCAAGGCGUUCAGUUAAAAUUAGCAUGAUCAAUGGUAUCAAAUGCUGCACUUAGAUCUAACAGAACCAGAACGGAUAUGUGACUGGAGUCUGCGCUCAUUAGCAAAUCAUUCAGCACUUAGGGCAGUCUCUGUACUGUGACCAGAUCUAAAGCCCAAUUGAAACGUAUUUGAUUAUCACCAAGAAAUAUAUUGAGUUGGCCAGCUAUCACCUUCUCUAAAACCUUAGCAGCAAAAGGUAAAUUGGAUAUAGGUCUAAAGUUGCUUAAAAUAGUCGGGUCUAAGUUAGGUUUUUUGAGUAUGGGCUUAACCAGGGCAGUUUUAAAAGCAGCAGGAACUAUUCCAGUUGACAAGGAUUUAUUUAUAAUUUCCAAAACCAAAGGACACAGAUCGUUAAAAAUGUCUUUGAGGAAUUUAGUGGAGAUUGGAUCUAAAAUACAAGUGGAGGAGUUCAUCUUCAUCACUAAUUUAUUCAGGUCUUGUCACGUGAGGUGUGGAGGUUGAGCCGCGCCAGGUUACCUGGUAGUUGCGGUCAGAGAGGUAGGAGGUGAACCGGGGGGGUGGGGGGGAGAAAGAGGCAAAGUCGUUAGAGGAGCUAGAGGAGGGAGGAGUCAUUAGUACUUAAAACAUGAAAUCUAUUCGACAGACUGAUGCUUGUAGAAGUCUCUUGACUGGUUUUACCUCCCUUGUUCCUUACAGUAGCCCAGUUCCCAGUGUCUGGCUCUUUAACUACCUCAGAGACUAAUUGUUUUUGUUUUUGAUGAUAGACGCUAACCUCCUGUAACAAGUUUAAACUAUUUCCACCAUCUGUUUGAGUGAUUUCAUGCACAAAGUUGAAGUCAUUGACUAGAGUAGUUUGCCCUACUGUGUCUAACACAGUCCAUGGAUUAUUACAAUAAUUAAAACUGCUUGCAAUGAAUUGUUCAUUGGGGCUGAUUGAUCUAAGUGUAUCAAUUUGUUUUUCAAGGGACAGGAUUUUUUUUCUCUUAAGGUCUGAAUAGAAAUGCACUGAUAAAAUUCACCCUGAAACACAAAAUGUUAACUACCAAAAACAUUUCACAGACAUCACAAGCACUGGCUCGCUUGUCACUCUCCAUAUUAAAGUAAUAUAACUAGAUAACAAAUAGAUGUAAAAAUAUCAAAGUGAAUCUGUAUCCUGGAGUCGGGUGGGCUUAGUGGCGCUGUAGUUUGAUGAAGGGAUUGCACACUGCACAGAAUAGCCAGUGUCCUUAAUCUCUGUCCUUUAUCUCUGCCGCUGGCUUGGAGAGUGUAGAAGUAAUAGCCAAGCUUAAUCACAUGAUUCAAGUCAGCUGCCCAGCUGCAGAGAAGGUGAGUUAGAGUGCGAGCAAUCAGAGCUGUAACCCAGUUUGGAGCACUUUAAAUGCACAGUUGUAAUAACUUCAUAAAAACACAGUCCAUAUACAAUGCAGUACUUGCCAGUUGUGAAACAACCACACAACAGCCAGUGUCCUUAAUCUCUGUCCUUUAUAUCUGCCGCUGUACAUAGAAUCCGUAUCAAAACUCACCAUGCCUUAUCCCAAGCAAAGAAGAGGGGAGAAACAAGGAGAGCUGCAUUCUCGCUAGGCUGUUCUGUGAAAGGGAUAAGAAUAAGAAUACUAUUUACCUAGGAAUAGUGAGUUAAAACUUCAUUUCUUCAUGCUUCACAAGAAAGUCUGUAUCAGCAAGGUGUGGCUGCAUUAUGUGUUAGCUAAGAGAGGCUAUACUGAGAACCAUAUCAUAUUGUAUAUAUACUGCACUGUACUGUGUUGCUUGGAAAUAAUGUAUUCUGUAUACUAGAUAAAUUGUUGAAGAUGUUGGUAAAAAAAAAAAAGUUACUAGUUUGUUUUUAGUUUUUUUUUAUAUAUCUUUUGAUUGAGUGUUUUAAUUUGUAAUGCUUGAUUGUAACUUUUUAUAAAACUCAAUGUUUAUGAGCAUCUCCAUAAAACACUGUAUAUAGCAUACAGUUCUGGCUAUGUAACCUGCCUCUUUGUUAUUUACAAGGUCAAACUAACAAAUAACCACCCUUGUGCGCAAGUGUCUAACCUAAAACGGGGAAAAUACAGUAACUUUUCUAUUUUUGGCUACUAUAAUUGUCCAUACAACAGGUAAAUAGUCUUGUAGCAUCAAAUGCUUAUACUAUACCAUAAUUAUAUGAAUAACAAAAGCUAUAUUGAAAGCAGGGGUGCUUCGUGGUGAGAUUUAGACCCUGUAGAUUUCUGUUGAGCCAGGUCUAUAGAUAAUAAGCUGAAUUGCAUUCCAGAUACAGAAUUUCUCACAGAGGUCUGUUGCUUGAUAUCUAAGUGAUUGUUAAGCAGAACACUAUCCACUAAUGAUAAUAAAUCCUAAUGGAAAAUCUUGCAUAUGUUUACAAGGGAAAUACUCUUAUAAAUGUAGACUGCUAUGAAUACAAUUGUUCUUUUUAUUUUUGAUAAAAUAUCUGCAAAGAUAUUUACAGUAUGUUAGGCUUGUAUUAGUUAAUAUCUACCGGUAUUGUCGUAGAAGAAAUAUUUUAAAGGCAGGUAAAAACAGUUUUUUUUUUAUGUCUGGGCGAAUUAAAAUGUAUAUGGUUCAUAUAUACCCCAAAGAGAUCAACUAAUGGAAAUUGGUAGUUUAAAUAUACUAAGCUUCCUGUUGUUUGUUCAACUUUCUUAGACCGAUAGGAAUGCGGUGCACAACUGUGAAAGCAAAUAAUUUCUAAUCUUAAAUGAUCUUCCCUGUAAAUCCUCAUUCUGUAAAGUAACUGUAACAAUGUAUGGUAAAAGCCAUUGAUCAGUGCUGGGCUCCACCCUUGGAUUUCAAUUCACUAAAAGGAUCCUAUGGGCUUUAUUGGAAUUGAAUUGCUGCUAACCUGAGAGUAAAUUGUCAUUACCUAAAUAAAGGAAAGCAUAAUGUGUAGGAAUGUGUCUUUUUUUGUCAACAAAAACAAUACAAUAUAUACACAUAUUUGAUAUAUUAUGUUUUAAAUGAAUCUUCACGUACAUACACUUCCUUAUAUAAAAUAGACAGUAAACCACAUGAAAACGUGACAUGGCCAGCUGGUUAUGUAAAUAGUACACUUAUCAGGCAAACAUGAAGAAUUCCAAUUGCUCAAGGGUUUCCCUAAGGUGUAAGACGGAUAAGACUUAUUUACAGAACAAACCAACAGAAUCACUUCCCAUUGGCAGAAAGUAAUCUUCAUGAGUUAUUUAUAAGUAACUUAACAGGAACAGGAUUUUGUAGUGAUAACACACCCAGUUAUAAGCCAUUGUGGCAGAACAGGGCUCUGCCCUUGUAAAUACUGGCAGGGAUGGGGUUAAAUUCUCCUCCCUGCCCAGGUUGAUUGUGUCAGGUGGGAGCAAUCAAUUAUUCAAUUAACACCCAGCCACCUGGCAUAAAAGGAGGCCUCAGCCUCCCCUUAGGGGGAGAAUUCCAGAAGGAGAGGAAGGGUCUUUUGGUCUUUUGGUCUUUUGGUCUUUUGGUCUUUUGGUCUUUUGGUCUUUUGGUCUUUUGGUCUUUUGGUCUUUUGGUCUUUUGGUUUUUGGGGGGUUGUGGGUUUGUUGUUGGUUUGUUUGUUUAUUUGUUUUUUGUUUGAAGAGCCUUGGUGGCAUUACCAUUUAUCUGUAAUUUUGCUUUGUCUAUUAUUCUGUUUAAAACCCUUUUGUUUGGCCCUCGUGCCGGUUUAUUUUGUAUGUUUUGUGUAUUAAAAGCUUUAUUUUGAACUUUUCA